AUGGUGGCAAUGAGACAGAAGCAGAAUGACGGAAAGUUCUUCCAAACGACAAAGCGCGGCGAGAUUCAGGAACUCAAAGAAGAACUCCAUGCAAAUGAUAAGCAGAAGCAGAAAGAUGCGGUGAAAAAGGUCAUUGCCAACAUGACUGUCGGCAAGGAUGUGUCCGCCCUCUUUGCAGAUGUGGUGAACUGCAUCCAGACAGACAAUAUCGAGCUGAAGAAGCUGGUCUACUUGUAUGUCAUGAACUACGCGAAGGCUCAGCCUGAGCUCGCCAUUCUUGCGAUCAACACCUUCAGAAAGGAUGCGACGGAUCCAAACCCUCUGAUCCGUUCUCUAGCUGUCCGGACCAUGGGUUGCAUUCGGCUCGACCAGGUCACUGAGUACUUGCUAGAGCCCCUGAGAAGAUGUUGCCAGGAUCAGGACCCUUAUGUCCGAAAGACCUCCGCGAUAUGUAUUCCGAAGGUUUACGACAUCAAUCCGGAGUUGGUGGAGGACCAAGGCUUCGUGGAGAUCCUGAAGGAUCUUCUUGGAGACGGAAAUCCAAUGGUCGUUGCCAACGCUGUCGCAGGGCUUGCAGAAAUAUCUCAGACUUGCGGCAAGGAUUUGCUAGAUUUAGACAAGGGCAACAUCCACAAGCUUCUGGCAGCCCUCAAUGAGUGCAACGAGUGGGGCCAGGUUUUCAUCCUUGACGCCAUUGCAACGUACGAACCCUCUGGGCCCAACGACUCCGAGUCCAUCACGGAGAGGGUCACCGCCAGGCUCUCCCAUGCGAACCCCGCCGUGGUUAUCGCAGCCAUCAAGGUGAUCCUCAGGUGCAUGGAACACAUUGAGAAUUCAGAGGUCCUGCGUCUGCUUGCCAAGAAGCUGAACCCUCCUCUGGUCACGCUGCUCUCCAGCGAAUCAGAGGUUCAGUAUGUGGCCCUGCGAAACAUCCGAGUUAUAGUGCAGAAGCGUGCAGGCAUUCUUGCAUCGGAUGUGAAGAUGUUCUUUUGCAAGUACAACGAUCCCAUCUAUGUCAAACUUGAGAAGGUUGACAUAAUGUGCAUGCUUGUCAGCGACAAGAACUUCGACCAGGUGCUUCUGGAGCUCAAAGAGUAUGCAUCCGGCGUGGAUGUUGAGUUCGUGCGGAAGUCCGUGCGAUCGAUUGGUAGAGUUGCAGUCAAGCUAGAGCGCGCAUGUGAGCGUGCCAUCAACGUGUUGCUGGAGCUGAUCGAGACAAAGGUCAACUAUGUCGUGCAAGAGGCAUGUGUGGUUGUGAAGGACAUCUUCAGAAAGUACCCAUCUCGCUAUGAGCAGGUUUUGUCUGCCCUCUGCGAGUCCAUGGAGGUCUUAGAUGAGCCGGAAGCCAAGGCCUCCAUGAUCUGGAUCUUGGGCGAGUAUGCCGGCAGGAUCGACAAUGCCGAUGAACUCUUAGAAUCUUUCCUGGAUACGUUCCAUGAUGAACCGCUCAUGGUUCAAGUCCAGCUUCUGACGGCAAUCGUCAAGCUUUUUCUGCAGAAGCCUUCGUCUACACAGGACAUGGUGUCCAAGGUGCUGAAGUGUGCCACCGAGGAGUCCACCAACCAUGACCUUCGAGACAGAGGCUAUGUGUACUGGCGAUUACUAUCGACGAAUCCCGAAUCCACAAAAAGAGUGGUCCUUGGCGACAAGCCAUCGAUUCGGGAUGACUCGCAGUCGCUGGACAAGAACUUGCUUGACAAGCUGUCCAGCGAGCUGUCUCUGAUGAGCAGUGUGUAUCACAAGUACGCUGAGGAGUUUGUCACUAGGCUGACAUUGGCGACAACCACAUCAGUAGAUGACAAAGCAGCCCAGGACGAGGACUUCGAUGAAGAGGAUCGGCAAGCAAGGCGGAGGGAGGUCCAGGAGGAGCUGGAGCGAGGGCCAGAUGCCUCCAGGAAUGGGAACUCUGCAGGAGGUGGUGGGCUGGACCUACUUGACCUCGGUGGUGUCGGUGACGACAGCCCUGGAACAGCCAAUGCGCCAGCACAGGCGGUUCAGAAAGUGGCAGUGCUGCCACCAACACAACCAGGGCAGCAUGGCAAUCAGGGCUUCGCUGUCUCUGCAGCUUUCGUCAGACAAAGGGGCAUUCCGACUCUUCUGAUGACUUUCUCCAAUAGCAGCCCUUCAACAGUGAAUGGCUUCGCCAUCCAGGUGAACAAGAAUCCAUUUGGCUUCGCUCCCAAAGAGCAGCUAGCAUGUCCAGACAUAGGUCCGGGAUCCUCUGCGGAGGUUUCUGUAGCCAUGGCCCCUGGCCAACUUCCCAGCAACACCCCACCAACCCAGCCCCUUCUACUACAGGUUGCAAUAAAAACAUCACUCGACAUUUUCUAUUUCCACUUGCAGUUCGAUCUAUCAGCAGUCUUGCUGGAGAACGCCGCCUUAACCCGGGAGGAGUUCACUCCAGUGUGGCAGCGGGUGGGCGAAGCAGGUCAGAAAGUCCACGUGAUUAGCAUGGACAGACCAACGGACUCGGAGUCGGUGAAAAGCCGGCUUGCCCUAGAUAAUGUCCACUAUGUCGCGCAGCGGCAGGUUGACGAUGGAUCAGUGCUGCUGUACACCUCAGCGCAGACAGUGAAUAGUUGCACGGUCCUUUCCGAAGUCACCGUCAGUCCUGGUAGCAACAGCAUCAAGGUGGCUACUCGAACGGAGACGCAGGUAUUGGUACCUCUAUAUGAGGCCAUGCUGAGCAAAAGAUUUGCUAGUGGCUAG